UGUAAAAUGGUUGAGCAGUGUAGGCUACAUGUUAAAACCAAGAAGACAAUUGUACUUUGAUGUGGGUUUUUUUGUUGUUGCUUUGUACUAGACAAGCAGAAGACAACCAUUGCCUUAAAGAAAAUCACAGUCGCCUGCCACCAAGUUCCGACAGCAAGGUACUUGACGGGUUGUGAAAAUACUGGCAAGUUGUAACGGCUCUCAUUCCAGCAGGAGCAAUGGAUUUGCCUGCAUUCUGGGCUCUCGAUCCUCUGUUGAAAACGCACGUGAAGAUCUUCACGGCUGAUAUCGAAAGACUAUCCAAUAUACCAGAUUAUCACGAGCAAUUUCCAGAUUUGUACAAGUUUGACACUCGAAUCAUUAGCAAUGUAGAAAUCGCAGGCACCAUUGUUGGCCUUGAACAGAACAAUACAAUGAUAAUAUAUACAGUCGAUGAUGGUUUCGGAACAAUACCUUGUUGUAAUUGGGCUGUUCGAACAUACGCAGAACCCGAGUUCGAGCUAGGUCAAAGUGUGAGGGUUCUGGGCCGAAUCAGUGACUACAAAAAUCAGAGGCAAAUCAAUAUCCAUGAAAUUUACAGGAUGGUCGAUUACAAUAUGGAAAUAUUACAUUGGCUACAAACCAUCCGCCUUCGGGAAUCUGUAUACAGCAAACCAUUUGACAUCCCAAAAGACAUUCUUGCCCACAAAGAUGAGCUCGUAGCCAUGCUGAAAACAAUGGAUCAAGAUAUGAUUAUGGAAAGCGAAGACAGUCAGACUCAAGAGGAGGAUAUUGAGAUCCCUGAUGAACAGGCGUUCCUCGAUACACUGUAUAAAUAUAUAGAGGAUUUAGCAGUCGAUGGUAAAAUAGAGUAUAGGGCUAUCCCGAGGCUGCCCGCAAUUCAGAAGAUUGCUCGCCAAUAUCUGACAAACUCGAUUCCAGCUGCAUCCAUCGACUAUAACAAGAUAAAACUUGCUAUUCGACAAGCAUUUGCUACACUUUGUGCGGACGGAUCAUUGUUCGUAGUUGAUGCGGAGAACGACAUUUAUGAAAUCGUUCGUCUUGAUGGGCAGCUUCGUGAAUUAAUCUUAAGUAUCAUUCGAGACGUUCAUGUGGAUCAGCAUGACAUACAUCACGGUGGUGUCACGGGAGCAUACAUCACGACCAAGGUUAAGGAAGACAGUCGAUUUGAAUCUAUAAGUUGGUCAAAGGUCUUUGAGGCAUUGCAAUUACUGGUACUUGAAAGCAUCAUUUACCAGGUCAACCCGCACGAGUACAGUUUAAUCCAAUGAACGAGCAAUCAGUAUGGCGCCAUGUUUUGUUCAGACGCCAAUGUCUUGAAGGUUCGAAUUCAGCCCAUGUAGAGCUCCGUUAGUAUGAAGUUCGAGCUGAUCGAUCGUAUGGCAGUUAUGAAUUGUAUUUUUGGAUCCCUUUAUGUGAUCUUUCAUGUUGAAGAAAUAAUGUAAUAUAUAUAAAACCCUUUGUACAUUGGUGGUGAUUGGUAUCAAACGUGA